AGAAAAGUGGCUACUGUUAUGCCCAGAUCACGACCCCAAAGAGACCACUGAAGACCAUGGAUGUCCCGAAUGCAACAGCAAGAUAUUAUUCUAAAUUUCCGAACAACUUAUGUCAGCAAGUCUGGCCAAGUUAUCUUUGAAGCCAGAUCUAUUUGCAUCCACUACGUCACGACUUGGUUCAUCAUUGAUUUGAUUGCUGCCCUGCCCUUUGACCUCCUCUAUGCUUUCAAUGUCACAGUGGUGUCCCUUGUGCAUCUCCUAAAGACUGUCCGGCUGCUGCGUCUUUUGCGCCUCCUACAGAAACUGGACCGUUAUUCUCAGCACAGCACAAUCGUCCUCACCCUGCUCAUGUCCAUGUUUGCUCUCCUUGCACACUGGAUGGCAUGUAUCUGGUAUGUCAUUGGAAAAAUGGAGAGGGAGGACAACAGCCUUCUCAAGUGGGAAGUCGGCUGGCUUCAUGAGCUGGGAAAGAGACUGGAAUCUCCGUACUAUGGCAACAACACGAUGGGGGGCCCAUCCAUCCGAAGUGCCUACAUUGCUGCCCUGUACUUCACUCUCAGCAGCCUCACCAGCGUUGGAUUUGGGAAUGUGUCUGCUAACACGGAUGCAGAGAAGAUCUUCUCCAUCUGUACAAUGCUGAUUGGAGCUCUGAUGCAUGCCUUGGUGUUUGGAAAUGUGACUGCCAUCAUACAGAGAAUGUACUCCAGGUGGAGUCUGUAUCACACUAGAACCAAGGACCUAAAGGAUUUCAUCCGUGUGCAUCACCUGCCUCAGCAGCUCAAGCAGAGGAUGCUUGAGUACUUUCAGACAACCUGGUCAGUCAACAAUGGAAUAGAUUCAAAUGAGCUUUUGAAAGACUUUCCAGAUGAGCUGCGCUCUGACAUCACAAUGCAUCUAAACAAGGAGAUCUUACAGCUGUCCCUGUUUGAAUGUGCCAGCCGGGGCUGCCUUAGAUCUCUGUCUCUACACAUCAAAACAUCAUUCUGUGCUCCAGGAGAGUAUCUGCUGCGCCAGGGAGAUGCUCUCCAGGCCAUCUACUUUGUGUGCUCAGGCUCCAUGGAGGUUCUUAAAGACAGCAUGGUAUUGGCUAUUCUAGGGAAGGGGGAUUUAAUUGGAGCAAAUCUAUCAAUUAAAGAUCAAGUGAUCAAGACCAAUGCUGACGUGAAGGCUCUGACCUACUGUGAUCUUCAGUGUAUCAUCCUUAAAGGUCUCUUUGAGGUCCUGGGCCUUUACCCUGAGUACGCACACAAAUUCGUAGAAGACAUCCAGCACGACCUCACAUACAACCUUCGAGAAGGUCAUGAGAGCGAUGUAAUAUCAAGAUUAUCAAACAAAUCAGCAGUCUCACAGGCAGAGCCCAAGGGGAAUGGAAGCAUCAACAAGAGACUGCCAGCCAUUGUGGAAGAUGAGGAGGAGGAGGAGGAGGAGGAGGAGGUGAAGGAAGAGGAGACCACCUCCCUCUCUCCUAUCUACACAAGGGGACCCUCUGCUUCACGCCACAAGAAGACUGUAGGCAACAAGAGCUACCUAGGAUUAAGCCUAAAGCAACUAGCCUCAGGGACAGUACCUUUCCACUCACCCAUCAGAGUCUCCACUGCUAACUCCCCGAAAGCCAAGCAAGAGGCUGAGCCACCACACCAUGGCCAAAGGAAAGAGAAGAACCUGAGAGUGCAGCUUUGCAGUCUGAAUAGUGCUGGAACCCCAGAGCUCAGUCCAAGGAUUGUUGAUGGAAUUGAAGAUGGCAAUAGCAACGAGGAAACUCAGACUUUUGACUUUGGUUCUGAACAAAUCAGGCCAGAGCCCAGAAUUUCCCCUCCGCUCGGAGACCCGGAGGUCGGAGCCGCUGUUCUGUUCAUCAAGGCUGAGGAAACAAAGCAGCAAAUAAACAAGCUCAACAGUGAGGUAACAACAUUGACUCAGGAGGUCUCGCAACUAGGGAAAGAUAUGAGGAACAUCAUGCAACUUCUGGAAAACAUCUUGUCACCUCAGCAGCCAUCAAGGUUUUGUUCUCUGCAUCCCGCUCCAAUGUGUCCUUCCAGAGAAAGCCUACAGACCAGGGUGAGCUGGAGUGCUCACCAGCCUUGCCUACAUUUUCAGGCAGGUGGAGCGCAGCUUUAUCAUGGUAAUGUCACCUCUGACAUCUGGAGUGUGGAUCCCUCCUCUUUGGGCAGCAGCCCUCAGCAAACUGAAGCUCAUGAGCAAAACCCAGCAGACAGAGAACUGCAUCAUUCUCCAAACCUUGAUUAUUCCCCCUCCCACUGCCAGGUUAUCCAGGAAGGUCACUUGCAGUUCCUAAGGUGCAUCUCCCCCCAUUCUGAUACCACACUGACACCUUUGCAGUCUAUCUCAGCCACUCUCUCAUCCUCCAUCUGCUCCUCAUCAGAAACAUCCUUGCACCUGGUUCUCCCAAGCAGAUCAGAAGAGGGCAGCACCACCCACGGACCUGUGAGUUCCUUCAGUUUGGAAAACUUACCAGGAUCUUGGGACCAAGAAGCAAUGAUGUCAGCCUAUACAGAACCCUUGGAGAACUUUCCAGAAGUUGUCACAAGCACAGCAGAUGCAAAGGACAGCAAAGCCAUAAACGUAUGAUAUCAGCACAUAAGGGCAGCUUCCAAUGCCAAACUGCUGCUGCAUGACAGCUCUAGUCGGCCUCUGGGGCCUCUAGUAGGCAUGGCACCCAAGCAUUGUUGGGAAUUCUGCAGAAAAGAGGGCAAGGGGCCAGAGAAAGGCAGAUCCACCUCUUUACUGUAGCAAACAAUUUCUAGAUCUUGAAAAGCAUCAACCCUUCUUAUGUACAGGUAUUAACUUACUGGUCUAUUUGGCAGACUUUGGUAACCAUCCAAAGACCCUGAGGGUCUGAGUAGAUAGAAACUCCAUACAAAGAGUUUGGGGAUGAGUUUUGUCAUAGUGCUUUUGUGAAGUGCAGCAAAGGUCUUUCCUGAGUGCCUGAUUGUCAUUCCUGAACAAUAUCUAUAGCAUUGUUGGCCUCGGGGGUACAUGGCUCCCACUUAUCUAUUUUCCUUUUUGUGAAGGCAGAGGGACAAUUAUCACUGCAUGUCAUCUCCUAGACAAUCAGUAAAAUAGAGCCGGUA